UAGCAUGAAACGUUCUUCAUCAAACCAUGCCGGCGUUGAGAAGAAGGGAUCGGGAACAGCUCACAGUCGUAGUCAUGGCUAUGGCAGGGAGGAUGGCAGAGGAUGCUUUUGACAUUGUGGACCGCAUAUGCCAUAAGAGGACGCUGAGUCUCCAGGGUUUGCUCAAGAGCGGCAACGAAGGCCUCCUCUUGGGCAACGAUGAUGCAGAUGAUGAUAGUCGUGGGGGACGGUCUUUGCUUUGGCUGUGGCCCACUAUUGUUGAUGUCUGCAAGCUGUUGCCCCGUGCUUCGCCUAGGUGGUGGGUCAUGCGGCGAACAGGUGGGCUGUGGAAGGAUCUCCUUCCGUGUGAUGAUGCGGAGGAUGACCACUACUUGGGUCUCUUACGCAUGCGGCGGUCAUCAUUCAACCGUCUUUUGCGGAAGGUCGGUCCCCUCUUGGAGAAGGAGGUGACAAAGUUCAGGGUCCCUUUGGAUCCUGCGAAGAAAUUGGCGUACGCUCUCCACAGGUGGGCGCACGGUGACUCUCAUUGGCAUACUUGUUCCGGCUAYRGUAUGGGMAAAACCAGUGGACUCCGAGCCAUCAGAGAGGUGGCUGAGGCCAUUAUYACGUGUUACYSGAACAAGGUCGGGUUUGGGGGUUUUSYGGAGYGUCAUCGUAGAAUGYAGUUGUUUGACGCGGAGGGCUUCCCGAACUGUUGGGGGUGCAUAGACUGCACCCAUGUUUAUAUGGACAAGCCGCGCACGAGGGAUGGGGAUGACUAUUGUUCGGGAAGAUUCAACAGGUUCUCCAUUGUAGCACAGUUGGUGGUGGACUCGGAACUGAAGAUCCUGGACUUCUGCUAUGGAUUCCCAGGGACUGUUGGUGAUGGACGCRCRUUGAAGUCGACGUCACUGUACAGGCGCGGUCUGCAAGGUGAACUGUUCUUGGACGACCCCGCUGAUCCUUUCGCUGCUGAGAGGCCGGCAAUUGCAGGUGUCCCUGGCRGGUACUUGCUCGCCRAUGGCGGGUAUCCCAGACCAAUGGCGGGGAGGGACUUCGUGAGGGAGAGGCGUGUGGUGCUGAAUGAAAUGGAGAAGAUGGAGAGGGAGGUUGAACGAGUCCACGAGUACUUAGUGGAGAGGGGUGAUAGCAUCACAGUCACGAUGCGUUGCGGUAGAUCUGUUUGUGAAAGUGAGAUGUCCCUCGAGAACAUUCACGCUCGGAGAUGGGCAAGUUCCGUUCUCAAGAGACUUCGUGCUUCAAAGGAUAGUCUGCGACAUUGCUGCGACGAACUUGUCAUCCACAACCUCCAGAUCCGACAAGAUAACGUCGAGUGGAGACGAGUGUGGGAGGAGAGCCGAAUGUGGGAGGAGAGCCGAGUGGAAGUACGGGACACUACCCGAGCCUUGCAUGCUGCAAUUCGAGACAGGGAUGAAGCUCGGUCGAGGUGCGAGGCGGCCGAAGCGGACGUGGAAGUGGCACGUCAGCAGGCUGAAACCGCUUGGAGGUUCUACGAUGACAUUGUGCAUGAAGUGACGGUGGGGACUGUUGGUGACAACGACUUGUGUGACGAAUUCGAAGCUCUUCGCGUCAGUGGAAAGGGAAAAGCUGCAGGCACCCCAUCAGCAACAGAGGGUGGACACGGGGCCGCAUGUUCGUGUUGCGAGGAACUCAGUGGCAGGAUGAAAAUGAUGGAGAAAGAGAUCGCACAUCUUCAGAUUAGUAACGAGCUUCUCAGCCUCCCUGCUUCUUUCUGGGACGAGUCGAAUUGGCAGCCUGUUGAUUUUUCCGCGGGGCGGUCGUCCACCCCGCCGUCUGCGUGAUGUCCUCCAGAGCGUAUUCCAUGA